CUAGCGCGUGACCGCGAUUUCAAUUAAAACCCGUGCAGUCUCCGGCUUUUCCAGCAUUGAUUCCUCUUCCAUUCCUCGCGUCUCACAACGACCCAGUUGAUACCUCCCAGUACCUCUUUGCUUUAUUUCUUUGUUCUCAAUUGCAUUGACACACCACAGAAACAAUGGACACUCAGAUCACGCCGUCAAAGCAGGCGGCUUCGAGCCUCGAGAACCUCAAAUUCAAGGACAGCCCCGUCAAGAAACUCGACUUUAAUGUUGAAGACAAAGAGAAUAACCCUACCACUGUCGAUGUCGCGAUAAACAUGACUGAAAAGGUCAACGUGACGAAGGUCCAAGAGGACGCACCCAAGCCUGAAGAGUCAAACCGACCCAAGACUAUGAAAGAGCUGGAGGCUGAAGAGGAUAUCCUGAAGGAGAACCCUCAUCGUUUCGUGCUCUUCCCCAUCAAGUACCAUGAGAUUUGGAAUCACUACAAGAAGGCCGAGGCGAGCUUCUGGACAGCCGAAGAAGUCGAUCUCUCCAAAGACCUCCAUGACUGGCACAACCGUCUGAAUGAUGACGAGAGAUACUUCAUCUCUCACAUCUUGGCUUUCUUUGCUGCUUCAGAUGGCAUUGUAAACGAGAAUCUGCUUGAGCGCUUCAGCGGUGAGGUGCAAAUUCCAGAGGCCCGCUGCUUCUAUGGUUUCCAAAUCAUGAUUGAGAACAUCCACUCAGAGAUGUACUCUCUGCUCAUCGAUACCUACGUCAAGGAUAAUAAGCAGAAGACCUAUUUGUUCGAUGCUAUUGACACCAUCCCUUGCAUUCGCAAGAAGGCCGACUGGGCAUUGAGAUGGAUCUCCGAUGAAGAAUCGACCUUCGGUCAACGACUUGUCGCUUUCGCCGCAGUCGAGGGAAUCUUCUUCUCCGGCUCAUUCGCUUCCAUCUUCUGGCUCAAGAGCAAAGGUCUGAUGCCUGGCUUGACCUUCUCCAAUGAGCUCAUCUCCCGUGACGAGGGUAUGCACACAGACUUUGCUUGCCUGCUCAUGCAACAUCUCAAGCACAAGCCGGCGCCCGCACUCAUCGAAAAGGUUAUCACUGAGGCUGUCGCCAUCGAGAAGGAAUUCCUCACUGAUGCUUUGCCUGUCGCCCUUCUCGGCAUGAACGCCAAGCUGAUGCAACAGUAUAUUGAAUUCGUCGCUGACCGCCUGCUACUGGCAUUGGGCAACAAGCGCUACUACAAUGCGCAAAAUCCUUUCUCAUUCAUGGAGAACAUCUCUCUUGCCGGCAAGACCAACUUUUUCGAGAAGCGUGUUGGCGAUUAUCAAAAGGCUGGCGUCAUGACCUCCAAGCGGGAAGAGAAGCCCGCCUCUCCUGGGGAGGAGAAGACUGAAACAGAUUCCAACGGCCUCAACUUCAACGAGGAUUUCUAGAUGUUCACAACUUGUCACGAUCAUUUGUUUUCACGGCGUUUCAUGAAGGCGUCGGUGGGAAAGACAUAAAUCCGGUUCAUAUGGCAUCUACCUCUACUUCAAAUACCCCCUUGCACCAUGGUCAAGGACGGCAUGGAAAACAAAACGGUUCAUAGGUGCUAAGCAUGGGUUUACUCUUAUUCAUGUCAUAGACCGUCUGGGGCCCGGUCUAAUUUAUGGGGUGUGCAUAACUGUGGUAGAAAUGGGAUCUGGGUCUGGUCUGGUCUGUGCUUUGGUUAUGACGAAAGCAUUCGCAUAGAGUUGCGAACACUAUAUCACAUGGUGUCUGUAGUAUAAAUACAGAGUCAAAUGAAAACUCUCCGUUCAUGCU